CUCUCUCUUUUUUUCGGCUCAAUCUCCACCUCAGGCUUUCCUCACCAUAGACUCUCAGCAGCUGAUAUCUACCUUGUUUUGUCUCAUCUUGUUUCAUCGUCUCAAGUCUUCUGCAUCCAUAAGAGGACACUUUAACGGACACAGGAGGGUGAUGAGCACAGUAAGACUGUAAGCUUUUUCUUUUUUUUUUCCCCUCUGGAGGCUGCAGUGUAAAGUUGCCACAUGACACUCACUGGUGCCCUGCUGUUGGAUGAAUUUACUCGAGGAUGAGACGCAUUCAAGACCGUCCAAGAUCGGUCCACGAGGCAGCAGCAACAACAGCAGCAGAUGCACUGUAGAGCAGCAAUGGUCAAGUCAGCGAGAACCGCAGUGGAGCCGCACUGAGGCAGAGCAGCCAACCAGCCCCCUCAUAUCUGGGGACGUCUCCGACAAUCUAAGGGGUGUGGGAAGCUGAGGAGUGGAAAAUUUCCCCCUGAACCUGAAUGCCUGCUCAGUCAGACUAACUGACAUCCCAACACAACUCCUUCUCCUCCUCCUCCUCCUCCUCCUCAUCUUCCAACUCCUCCUCCCAAACAUGACUGUGGUAGCAGGAGACAACAUGGACGAGACCUCAGCUGUCCCCGGCCACCCUCAGGACCCCUACCCUCCAGACCACAAUGACCACGAAUGUUGCGAGAGAGUGGUCAUCAACAUAGCGGGUCUACGGUUUGAGACUCAGUUGAAAACUCUUUCCCAGUUUCCAGAGACAUUGCUAGGCAACCCCAAAAAGCGCAUGCGGUACUUUGACCCUCUGAGAAACGAGUACUUCUUUGACAGAAACCGCCCCAGUUUUGAUGCCAUCCUCUACUACUACCAGUCAGGGGGUCGGCUGAGAAGACCAGUGAAUGUCCCUUUGGAUAUGUUCUCAGAAGAAAUCAAAUUCUAUGAGCUUGGAGUGGACGCCAUGGAGAGGUUUCGUGAGGAUGAGGGUUUCAUCCGGGAGGAAGAGCGCCCUUUGCCGGAGAAGGAGUUCCAGCGUCAGAUUUGGCUCCUCUUUGAGCAUCCAGAAAGCUCAGGCACCGCCAGAGGGAUUGCCAUUGUGUCUGUGAUGGUGAUCCUGAUUUCAAUAGUCAUAUUUUGUUUAGAAACUUUACCACAGCUGAAAGAGGACCCAACGGCUCGAAUUGUGGGGAACAUAACUAUUUAUAUCAAGCCAAACAUCCUCACUGACCCCUUCUUCCUCAUUGAGACACUCUGUAUAAUCUGGUUCUCCUUUGAGUUGAUAGUUCGUUUUCUGGCAUGCCCAAGUAAACCGGCCUUCUUCAAGAAUAUGAUGAACAUGAUCGACAUUGUGGCUAUUAUCCCUUACUUCAUUACACUUGGCACAGAGCUGGCAGAAGACCCAGACCAAGAGAGUGUGGGGGAGCAGGCAACAUCUCUGGCCAUACUCAGGGUUAUCCGUCUGGUCAGAGUAUUUAGGAUCUUCAAGCUGUCGCGACACUCUAAAGGACUUCAGAUUUUGGGGCAGACCCUUAAAGCCAGCAUGCGAGAGCUGGGAUUGCUGAUCUUCUUUCUGUUCAUUGGAGUCAUCUUGUUCUCUAGCGCUGUAUACUUUGCGGAAGCGGAGGAGCAAGGAUCCUACUUUGGAAGCAUCCCAGAUGCAUUUUGGUGGGCUGUUGUGUCUAUGACAACUGUGGGCUACGGGGACAUGGUUCCAGUCACAAUAGGAGGCAAGAUAGUGGGAUCUCUGUGCGCCAUCGCUGGAGUGUUGACAAUUGCACUCCCAGUGCCAGUCAUUGUGUCCAACUUCAACUACUUCUACCACAGGGAGACUGAGGGAGAAGAGCAGGCCCAGCUGCUUAACGUCAGCAAUCCCCCCUCUGAAACCAACUCAAGCCGCCGUAGUUCAUCCACCGUCAGCAAGUCUGAGUACAUGGAGAUUGAUGGAGACAUAAACAAUAGCAUCGAUAACUUUAGGGAGGCAAACCUCAGAACUGGCAAUUGCACUAUAGCCAACCAAAACUGUGUAAAUAAAAGCAAGCUGCUUACAGAUGUUUAGACACUAGUUAGGAACUUUGGAAACUCUAUGGGACUGUCAUGUGGAGUAGACCAUCAGUUAGGAAUGCUUCAUUUACCUCCUCAAAGCACUCUAUGGCAUUAGGCCUACAACUAUCCUCAGCUAUAUAGAAAGGAAACAGAAAAAAAAACAAAGUUGUUAGAGUGUAUGACAGGUAGUUAGAAUAAUUAAUUCUUCAGAUCCUACAAAUAUAUAGGUAUAUCAAAAAGAAACCAUUGAUUACUGCGCUUAUACAAUGCUCCCUGGAGGAUGCAGAGCACACAUUGUCCCAUCAGACAACAGCGUGAUGAUUAAAACCAUAUGCAUGGAGUACAGAUAACAUUUCAGCAAGUUGCACAAUGCACCAGAAACGUCUGCAGAGACAUGCAAGCAUCUGCAGUCAAGUGGUAAGCACCAAGAAGUGAACCCCCCCCCACCACCCUCUUUCUUCUCUUCCGACAAAAGGAUCAACUAUUCAGCAAAGCACCUUAUAGGAGGAAGACUGAUCUCUCUUGUUUGGAUGUAAACAGAUGGUGAUCUACUUGCUUCACGAACAUCCGCAAUGCUGCUGUUUUCCGGCAGUUGCUGUAAUUGUGAUAUCACCAAGUGAUUCAAUGCCAUGCCCUUUAGAUGCAACACAGCACAAUGAGAAAGUGAGCUUCACAUGAGCAUGAUUAGAGACUUUCCAUUUUGAUAUUGGCAUGCUUGAGACAUAUCUCUCACAUAAUGGAAAGGAUCUUCUUUUGGAUACCUGCCUCCAUCCAAACCCUCCUCAUCUGUUUUCAUACUGAGUGCACUGGAUGAGUUUUUAAUUUGAAAUGCUAAUCAUUUAGAAGUAUAGAAACUGAAUGUUAAAUCUUAAGGGAACAGUUACAUAAAUGAGAUCAUAGCAUGAAAAAAAAGUAACCUGCAUUAUGGUCUACUGACUACGGUACUUUUGUAACCUGGUAUAUUUAAUGCAUGACAUGAGUAUACAGCUUGUUGCAAUUCAGGCACUCUUCAGUGCCCUAUACUGUCAGGGAAACUAAGGAAAUCAAAUUCUGGAUGUUUCUGAAUUGCGAUCAAAUAUAUUCAAACCCAACAUGAGGAUGCAGAGUUUCUAAUUAAAAAAGUAGUCAAAGAAAAUAAAUAGAUAUUAUCAAAAAUGCAUAUAAUCAUAAUAAGCACCAAUUACAGUAUUACAUCGAUAGUGCAGUGCAUGGACCUUCUACGACGAAGGAAAAUUAUUAGUCAUGCUUCCAUCUCCAUGUCAAAUUUUAGUACAUAUUGUUUUGGACACAACUCGAGAAAAAAGACCAUGACCAAAUUUCAAUUCAUAUCACUGGAAAUUAUUCUGACAUUAGUUGCUAGUGCCUUUAUCCCCUUCACCAACAGGACCAGUGAAAGUGCCUCUGUGUACAAAGGUAUUGUUGAGGUUGAGCAGAGCUGGUCUACCUUCUGUUUGCGUUUCAGGACACUGUUGGUCACAAAGAGAAGCAAGGUUGACGUUAAAAUAGAUGAACAUAGUAAAAACAACAACAACAACAGACAGAUGAUCCAUGGCUGUCACGCACAACCCAGUUUCCAUGCACUUAAUUAUGCCCUUAUGCAGCAAUGUAUUGUACUUUGCAUUUUUACAAAUCAUAUUCAAAAAAGGGAAUAUCACUCUGAUUUCAGCGUCUUUUCAUUUAUGUCUGUUUGGGUUUUGUGCACCAUGCAUCCUUUCAGGGUCUCUACCUCAGUGAGGUCAUUGCAAACUUGCUGUAGAGUUGCAAGCUUCAAUGCAGGGCUUCCUAUACCAUAAUGCAAAAUGGAACCUUAAGUGUAAACAGCAGUCAUGCAAUAUUGAAUGUGAGAGUCCCAAAGCAUCGCCUUUACACAAGCACUUAGGACAAAUAGUGUACCAGACUCCUGCUCCUUUUGUUCACUUAAAGCUACGCACAAUCAGAACAUUCAUUUAUAGAUAGAGUUUAUAGAGAUUGUGUGACUCUCCUAGCAGGAUGAGAUUGACUGUUUUAUACUUACUUUCUUUGAAAUAGUGGUAUAUGAGGAUACUGUUGUUUGAGGGUGUGUUUCAAACAUGUGUGUGGGAGAAAGAGAGAGAGCAGAGAUUGUUUGAUAUUAGUUGUUAAAUCUUGUCAUACAACAAGCCCAAAGUGCAGCCCGCCAUUUUUGCACAAUCAUUUUUUGUUUGCGUUUCUUUUUGGCCGUUUUGAAAUAUUUUCUUUAUUCACUGUGCUUGCUCGUACGUACUCGUGGAUUGUUUCUCAGCAAACAACUGCAGACAGACACACAGACCAGGGCAAAUUGAAAGGACUACUUGAAAAAAAAAUCCACCUAUACUUUACAUCAGUCCACACUGUGCUGACACUGUCAAAUUCUGUCAAAUGACAGAAAGACUUUGUACAAUUGUGUGCUUUCCUUUCCUUUUUUUUUUUUUUUUUUUUUUUAAAUUUAACAAUUUCCUGACAAGGUCCUGUAAAAAAAUCUCUGCUGCAAUGCUACUUGACUGUCAUCGUUGUUUCUGUUGGUGCAGCGGCUAAUGUUUGUGGUGCUAGUGCAGGACUAUUAUGGUUGUCUUGUUACCAUCAUGUUACCUGAAGCUGAAGCCUACAGUAAUUGCUUUUUUUUUCCAUUCUACAGUAUGGCUCUUAUUUGUUGGUUAGUUUUGGGCAUUGUUUGCUCAUUUAUUUGGAACAGAUCUUUGUACUGUAUUGCAGAAGGGUGUCUGCCUCAGGCGAGGUAAAUAUUCCAGAGCCUCGCUAGAUGUCAGGAACUUAUCAAGAGAGCAAAAAAAAAAAGAAAAAAGAAAAAGGAUAUUUGACAUCU